AUGGCUUCUGCCGAGACAGCAAUAGUUGCUGAGACAGCAAUAGUUGACAAGACAGAGGAAGUCGAUAAUAAUGCCACUGUAACCCCCCUCAACAAAACAACCAACAUUCAAGAAGUUGAAACUUCGACAGUUCCAACCAGCGAAAUAAAGGAGGAAGAAAUAAAGGAGGAGGAAAAAAAAGAGGAGCAAAAAGUGGAAGAAACACGGGUAGAAACGGUGGUAGAAGAAAAAAGGGUGGUAACAGAGGAAGCCACUGAAGUAAAAACUGAAAAAAUUGUGCAUGAAACAGUAGUUUCCGAGAAGGUCGAGAAUGUUGAAAAACAAGAGACGGAACAAGAGCAAGAGGAAAAAGAAUUUAUAGACUCAGGUUAUUUAUACAAAGGAAGAAGUAAUAAUGAUAUAAUUAGUAAUAUUCGCAACUUUGUUAGUUGGAAUAAUUAUUACUUUGUCUUUGGCGAGAAAGAAAUUCCCAAGACAAAUCUUGUAACAUAUCAUCGAAGACAUGUAAAGCAUUUACCAAAAGCCGGUAAAGCUCAUACCACUAAUCAACCACCACCACAAGCCUCCGCUGAAGCAGCAGCAACUGAAGAUGGUGCUGAAGCUGCUACCUCCACUGCAACAGCCACCGAGGGUGAAGAGUCUGAAUACGAAAAACAUAAUAAAGCGUUAUUCACCACUAUCGCACAUGCAACACAAACCGGCAGAGGUUUAUUAUUAUAUUAUAAAUCCAACAAAACUCAGCAUCUCUCCCAGCCCCAAGGAAUCGUUGAUCUCGCUGAUAUCGUGGAAAUCAACAAGAAUCCACAAGCUAAUAAAAGUUUCGCUUUCAGUAUUAAAGCGAAAACUCGGGAAUACUUUUUCCACGCCGCCGACAAAAAAGAAUUGAACAUGUGGGUUAAUACUAUCGAAGCAAAAAGAGAAGAAGCAAAAAAAAUAGCUGCUGAGGUGUAUAAUACAACAGGCUUCAAAGAAGUUUAUAGUGAUUUGGUUAAUCGUAAAGAACCGUUCAGUGGCAAAAAAGCAGCCGAUGGAGUUGGUUCUGAUGUUAUUUCUUCCGGUGAUGAGAUCGACGAGCCUGAAGCACUGGCAACUCGAUUAGAAUCAACCGGCUCAACUCAAAAAACUCCUCUCGAACAAAAACGUAAAACUUUUUCUUUUAAUCUCUUUGGCACAGCAACACCAAAAAAGACUACCGAAGCUGAAGAAACUGUGAAAGAAGCUGCUGACGAAGAAAACGCCGCCGAAGUUACCACCCCUCCUACAAUUAAUACGGCUGCUACCGAGGAAAAACCCAAAGAAGGAGAGAAAUCUCCGGAUGGAAAAAAAGGAGGAUUAAGUUUCUUUUCUAAAGGUCAAAAGAAACAAAAAGCGAAAGAAGGUGAAGUCAAAGAAGACACAAAAGACGAAAAGAAAGAUGAAAAUGAGAUUAAAGAAGAACCGAGAUCUGAUGAAGAAGUUGGUGCCGAAACUAGUACAGCCGCCGCUGCCGCCGAAGCGCCAGAAGUGAAGAAAGGAGAGAAACCCGAGAAAGAUGGAAUAUUUGGCAAAUUCUUCGGGAAGAAAUCUGCUGCUUCUGGUAAAGAAGAAAUUGAAGGUGCCGUUGAAGAAACAGCACAAAAAGAGGAUGAUGAAACUAAAACAGCAGCCGUAGUAUCUCAAGAAAAAACCAAGGAAGAAGCAGCAUCAUCUUCAGCACAUAAAAAGAGACCAAGUGUUGGUUUCGGCAGUUUCUUCUCCAAAAAAUCCGAAGUAAAGUCUGACACCGAAGAAGAACGCAAAAAGGAGGACGAGACAUUGGAAAAGACGCCUGAAGAAAAAGAACCGAAAAAAGACGAGGAUGUGCCAUUGGAUGAUGAUGAAAAGCCCAAAGAGUCAAAGAAAGCUAAAAGUUUCACGUCAGAAAAUCAGCCACUCACUCGACGAAUCACUCAAAAAAUUUUUUCCAAAAAAUCAGAAGCAAAAGCCACAGAAACAACGGUUACUGAAGAGACCACAAAUACGGCGGCUGAAACUGUAGUUGUACAUGCGACUGAGGAAAGUGAGUCUCAAGUUCUAGAGAAGACGGAAGAAGCGACGCCGUCAACAGGAUUAGCAGAUAGUUCCGCCGAUCAAAAACGGUCAAUUUUUAAACGAAUCUUUAAACGUCAAGUUCCACCCAGUGAAGCAACACAUGAAAAAGUCAAUUCAACGGAAAUGGCAGCUGCUCCAGAAGUAACUACCGAAGUAAAUGCUGAGACUCCAACAGAAACAAAAGUUGAAACGGAAUACGAGAAAUUAGUAAAAGAGAAAGCCGACGAAAUUCUAAAGCACGGACAUCUUCAAAAACAUUCACAAAUUCUCAAGAGUAUACAAUCUCGAUACUUUAUAUUCUUCAAGGAUGGCACUUUGACUUAUUAUAAUCAGGAGAAACACGAUGAUACUGGGAAAACAAUCAAGAUCGAUCGUGGAGUUGAGAUUGAAACUACCGAAACGAAAACAGUUUCGUUUGAAGUAAAGACCAAAACACGUGAUUAUUUGAUAAUUGCAAAAGAUCAAGCAGAGCGUGACGAAUGGAUUAAUGCGUUGCAAGAAUUUAAGAAAACUUUACCCGAGGAACCUUCAUCAAGUAAUAUAAAAGAUUCAGUUGUUCUUGAAGCACCACAACCAACUGAUGAAGGUGAAAUGGCCAAAGAAGUUGAAGAGUCAUUUAAGAAGGUUCAUGAAGAGGCUAAAGAAACAGAAGUUACUUUAGCUGCUGCCUCCUCUUCCAGUCAAGCUGUCGAAUCAACUGCUACCGCAACCACCACCACUACUGAAAUUGUUGAGCAGGCAGCUGAAAUAACAGCUAGUUCAUAA